AUGGGACACAGACACAGCAAAUCCAAAUCCUCCGAUCCUCCUCCGUCCCACUCCGCUUCCGCCGGCAACGUCGUCCACCACGUCAAACCCGCCGGAGAACGCCGCGGAUCAACCGGUUCCACUUCCGGACCCGUCGGAUCCUCCUCAGGCUCCGGGACCGGCGGAUCCCGUUCCACCACAUCUGCUCAGCAGAAUGGUCGGAUCCUUGGCCGGCCGAUGGAGGACGUCAGAAGAACCUACGAGUUCGGUCGCGAGCUGGGUCGUGGCCAGUUCGGCGUCACCUAUCUCGUCACUCACAAGGAGACAAAGAAAAUUUUCGCCUGCAAGUCAAUCCCGACGCGCCGCCUCGUCCACCGUGACGACAUUGAAGAUGUCCGCCGUGAAGUCCAGAUUAUGCACCACCUCAGCGGCCACCGGAACAUAGUGGACUUGAAGGGGGCUUACGAGGACAGACACUCGGUGAAUCUCAUAAUGGAGCUAUGUGAAGGAGGAGAACUGUUCGAUAGGAUCAUAGCUAAAGGUCAUUACUCAGAGAGAGCCGCUGCGGAUUUGUGCAGGCAGAUGGUGAUGGUUGUGCAUAGUUGCCACUCUAUGGGUGUAAUGCACCGAGACUUGAAGCCUGAGAACUUUCUCUUUCUGAGUCAAGAUGAGAACUCCGCAUUGAAAGCUACAGACUUUGGUCUCUCAGUCUUCUUCAAACCAGGAGAUAUGUUUAAGGAUCUUGUUGGAAGUGCGUACUACGUUGCUCCAGAGGUUCUUCGCCGGAACUAUGGACCAGAGGCUGAUAUCUGGAGCGCCGGUGUGAUUCUGUUCAUUCUUCUCAGCGGUGUCCCGCCUUUUUGGGGAGAGAAUGAAGCGGGGAUAUUUGAUGCCAUUCUUCAAGGGCAGCUUGAUUUCUCAGCUGAUCCAUGGCCGGCGGUAUCUAAUGGUGCCAAAGAUCUUGUCAAGAAAAUGUUGAAAUAUGACGCUAAAGAUCGGCUUUCAGCUGCUGAAGUGCUAAAUCAUCCGUGGAUUAGAGAAGACGGAGAGGCGUCAGACAAACCGCUUGACAAUGCUGUGUUAUCAAGGAUGAAACAGUUCCGAGCAAUGAACAAACUCAAGAAAAUGGCCCUAAAGGUUAUUGCGGAGAACCUUUCUGAAGAAGAGAUCAUUGGUCUGAAAGAGAUGUUCAAAUCUCUAGACACUGAUAACAAUGGAAUAGUCACCUUGGAGGAACUGAGAUCCGGUCUCCCAAAACUCGGCUCUAAGAUCUCUGAAGCUGAAAUAAAACAGCUAAUGGAAGCCGCUGAUAUGGAUGGAGAUGGAUCAAUUGAUUACUUGGAGUUUAUAUCAGCAACAAUGCAUAUGAACAGAAUCGAACGUGAGGAUCAUUUGUACACAGCUUUUCAAUACUUCGACAACGACAACAGCGGCUACAUAACAAUGGAAGAGCUAGAGCAAGCCAUGAAGAAAUACAACAUGGGUGAUGACAAAUCCAUCAAAGAGAUCAUUGCUGAAGUAGACACCGAUCGUGACGGAAAAAUCAACUACGAAGAAUUCGUAGCGAUGAUGAAGAAGGGAAACCCAGAAUUGGUGACAAACCGACGCAGAGUCAAUAUCUCCUCCUCAAGCGACGCCGCAUCUUACUCGCCGGCGGCUGUAGCCAUGGCUGAUAGGAGAAACAGGUGUAACCAGGUCCUCCUUUUAGCAUAUCAGAGUUUUGGAUUAGUGUUUGGAGAUUUGAGCAUUUCUCCUCUCUACGUGUAUAAAUGUACAUUCUACGGAGGAUUGAGGCAUCACCAAUCAGAAGACACGAUCUUCGGCGCUUUCUCCUUGAUAUUUUGGACUAUAACUCUCCUUUCACUCAUCAAGUACAUGGUUUUUGUAUUAAGUGCAGAUGACAAUGGUGAAGGAGGGAUCUUCGCUUUGUAUGCUCUGCUCUGUAGACACGCAAGAUUUUCUCUGCUUCCAAAUCAGCAAGCGGCUGAUGAAGAGAUCUCCACGUACUAUGGCCCUGGAGAUGCGAGUAGAAAUUUGCAUAAUUCUGCUUUCAAAAGCCUUAUAGAGCGAAAUAAAAGAUCGAAAACAGCUUUGCUUGUCUUAGUCUUGGUGGGAACUUCCAUGGUCAUUACCAUCGGCGUUCUUACACCAGCCAUUUCAGUCUCUUCGUCUAUUGAUGGCCUUGCAGCUAAAACAAAUCUGAAGCACAGUACUAUGGUCAUGAUAGCAUGCGCUUUGCUGGUUGGACUUUUCGUUCUGCAGCACCGUGGCACAAAUAAAGUUGCCUUCUUGUUUGCACCUAUAAUGAUUCUGUGGUUGUUGUCAAUUGCAACUAUUGGUCUGUACAAUGUUGUGACUUGGAACCCCAGUGUAUACAAAGCUUUAUCUCCCUACUAUGUCUAUGUAUUCUUUAGAAACACGGGAAUAGAUGGAUGGCUAUCCCUUGGAGGCAUUCUUCUAUGCAUCACAGGAACUGAGGCUAUCUUUGCUGAACUUGGCCAAUUUACUGCUACAUCUAUAAGGUUUGCGUUCUGUUGUGUUGUUUACCCGUGCCUGGUCCUUCAAUACAUGGGUCAAGCUGCGUUUUUAUCAAAGAAUUUUUCUGCUCUACCUACAAGCUUUUAUGCCUCCAUUCCAGAUCCAUUUUUCUGGCCGGUUCUCAUGAUGGCUAUGCUGGCUGCAAUGGUCGCAAGCCAAGCAGUCAUAUUUGCCACGUUCUCGAUUGUCAAGCAAUGCUACGCAUUGGGAUGCUUCCCGCGAGUGAAGAUUGUUCACAAACCAAGAUGGGUCCUUGGCCAAAUCUACAUCCCUGAGAUCAACUGGGUUGUCAUGCUCCUCACCCUCGCUGUCACCAUUUGUUUCCAAGACACUCGACACAUAGCUUUCGCUUUCGGGCUCGCAUGCAUGACUCUAGCCUUUGUGACAACUUGGUUGAUGCCUCUCAUCAUCAACUUUGUGUGGAACCGUCAUGUCACUUUCUCCGUCCUCUUCAUUCUCUUCUUCGGGACUAUAGAACUCGUCUUCGUCGCAUCAGCCUUGGUCAAAAUCCCUAAAGGUGCCUGGAUCACUCUCUUCCUUUCCCUCUUCUUCACCUUCCUCACAUACGUAUGGCACUACGGCAGCAGAAAGAAGUACCUAUGCGACCAGCACAACAAGGUCCCCAUGAAACAAAUCCUAAGCCUCGGCCCGAGCCUCGGGAUCAUCAAAGUCCCCGGGAUGGGUCUCAUCUACACCGAGCUCGCCAGCGGCGUUCCCGCCACAUUCACUCACUUCCUAACAAACUUGCCUGCGUUCUACCAAGUCGUCGUCUUCGUCUGCUGCAAAACCGUCCCUAUCCCGUACGUGCCGCAGAAAGAACGGUACCUUAUAGGCCGGAUCGGACCGAAAACGUACAGGAUGUAUCGAUGCAUUAUCAGAGCCGGUUACAAAGACGUGAACAAAGAUGGAGACGACUUUGAAGACGAGCUCGUGAUGAGCAUAGCUGAGUUUAUCCAGCUAGAGUCCGAAGGCUACGGCGGCUCAAACACUGACCGUUCCAUCGACGGCCGGCUCGCUGUUGUGAAAGCCUCGAACAAGUUCGGGACAAGGCUGUCUCGGUCUAUCUCCGAGGCUAAUAUUGCAGGCAGCUCGAGAUCGCAGACGACGGUGACAAACAGCAAAUCGCCGGCGCUGCUUAGACUGAGAGCAGAGUAUGAGCAAGAGCUUCCGAGGCUGAGCAUGAGAAGGAUGUUUCAGUUCAGGCCAAUGGACACUAAGUUCAGGCAACCGCAGGUGAAGGAGGAGCUGUUUGAUCUGGUGAACGCAAAGGACGCGGAAGUGGCUUACAUUGUCGGGAGCGGUCACGUCAAGGCGAAACGGAACUCGGUGUUUGUGAAGCGGCUGGUGAUAAACGUGGCUUACUCCUUCUUGAGGAAGAAUUGCAGGAGCCCAGGCGUGAUGUUGAAUAUUCCUCACAUUUGUUUGAUUAAGGUGGGCAUGAACUAUUCCUUGUAA